AUCCAAUACUUCGAAAUUGGCAACUUGCUGAUUAUGGAGAACAAAGAGCGCUUAUUGAUCCUAUGUCGUCAUUGCAAGCAAAGUCAUGGCAGAGUUUUGAAAAAUUUGUCGCGUCAUCUCGUUGCGUAAAGUCGGAUGUGAUUGAAGAAGAUGAACUAACAACGAUCUCGGAGGUUCACGCAGGAGCACGUUUAAAUGGCGACAUCCAAUUUAAAAAUCACAAUCUAUCAGCCGGGUCCGAGAGUCCAAACGAAAUUCACCAAUACAAACAGAGACAAAAAUCGAUCAGUCAAGUGACAUACGAAGAAGAACGUAAAAAAUUUGCAUUGGAAAAUGAUUUCUUCAUCAUCUAUACGACUGCAGAAAAUUGCAAUAUCGAACUUCCGAAACGCUCUGGGAUUGUAGAUGGAAAAAAAAAGUUUUUAGGGAAUAUUUUGGACCAUUUGCAGGCAGAGCAUACAAGUCCAUUAUGGCAAAGUCCAUGCCCCCUAUCCGCGAUAAAGUCAAGAAUAUCCAUGCCACUUCUCACGGGAAUCUUUACAGAGUGA